CAGGAUUUCAACAUGGAUACAGCUGGAGACUCUAUCGGGGAAAGUAAGCCGGUGUAUCAGUGUGCUCCCAAGUCCGCGGUCCAGCGGUGGCUCCCAGGUUUCCCCAUCGCCCUGUGCUUGCUGAUGUCCCUGAGCUCCAUCACCGUGUGUCUUCUGAUGAGCCUCAAGACCUACCAGCUGGAGAGCCGCCUGCUGAUGGAGAUGGACAAAGCGUCCGUCCUCCACCCUCCGCGCACAGCUUGUCUAAACCAGGAUGGGACUCUUAUUCCAGAGCUGAGCACCUCAGUAGGGAGGCUCGUUGAAGAGCAAAUGGUGGUGCUGAUGCCUAAACUGCGCACAACCAGGGAUGUUGGCCAAGAGUGCUCCUGUCCUCCAGGGCCUCCAGGAAAGCGUGGAAGGAUAGGACGAAAAGGGGACACUGGACUGCCUGGCAAGGCUGGACGGGAUGGAUACCCGGGUCCUCUUGGCAUGGAUGGGAAACCAGGUUUUCCAGGUCCCAAGGGAAGCCAGGGACCAGCCGGACCCAAGGGAGAAAAGGGUGACCAAGGAGACGUUGGACCAAGGAUGGUCUUCCCCAGACAUGAUCAUGGCUUUCUCUCUGGAGAUCAGUCCAAUAGUUUUCAGAGACGCUUUCUGAAGGGUGAUCAAGGCCAAGCUGGACCCGCUGGUCCUCCUGGUCCUCCCGGUCCUCCAGGUCCCCGAGGCCCCCCUGGGAACACAGGCAAGGACGGGCCACGUGGCCCUUCUGGCGAGCCGGGUUUUCCAGGACGUGAUGGCGUUGAUGGGCCACAAGGAUCACCUGGGAAGCCGGGAGAAGAUGGUGAGCCCGGCCAUCCAGGAUCACAGGGUCCUCCAGGAGCGAAGGGUGUGUCCGGCAUGGGAGAAAAGGGAGAGAGAGGCAUGGAGGGAUUCCCGGGAAUGAAGGGAGACAAAGGGGAAAUAGGAGAACAAGGACAACAGGGACCCAUGGGUUAUCCUGGUGAAAAAGGCACAAAAGGCUCCUCCGACAUCAUCGACUUCAAUGGGAAGCUUCUAGAUGCUUUCCAGGCCAUCAACACCAUCAGUGUUUCGGGUCCACCUGGACCACCUGGACCCCCAGGCCCUUCAGGGGAAAAGGGUGAGCUUGGUUUACCUGGGCUAGCAGGAGUCGAUGGGGAGAAGGGACCUAAAGGUGACAUGGGUGAGACCGGAACGCCUGGCGAGAGAGGAGAGAAGGGAGAGAUGGGUCUCUCUGGGCCUGCUGGUAUGGACGGACACAAAGGAGAGAAAGGCAACUGCAGAAUGGACGACAACCUGGUUCAGAUGAUUUCGCAGCCAGGCCCACCUGGCCCACCAGGGGUUCCCGGGUCCCCUGGAUCUACGGGGCUCCAUGGUAUGCCUGGUCCUAAGGGUGAGCCUGGAUUCGGGAUAAAGGGAGAGAAAGGGGAGUCUGGUGCUCCUGGACCCAAAGGAUUCGACGGUCUCCAGGGCCCAACUGGGUCUGCAGGGUUAGUGGGUCUUCCAGGUGCGAAGGGAGACAAAGGCAGACCAGGAGAGCCUGGACUAGACGGUUUCCCGGGUCUGAUGGCAGAAAAAGGUGAUCGAGGGGAAAGAGGAGACAAGGGUGACCGGGGAUCAGUGGGAAAGAGGGGUCUAAAGGGCCAGAAGGGAGAGCAGGGUCCUCCAGGCCUGGACCAGCCCUGUCCUGUGGGUUGUAAAGAUGUGUCUAAAGGGGCAGGGCUUUCUUCUCCUCCAUCUCCUCCUCUUCCUCCUUCCGGCCAUGAGGCCCCCUGUCCUGUGGGACAGGAUGGGCUGCCAAUACCAGGCUGCUGGCACAAGGGGCAUUUUGAGGAAAUGGCAAGGCAGAAGCUCAAACGCAAGCGUCUCUCCCAGCCCUGAAGAGGUGUUGGGCCUGGUGGAGAAAGGCCACAUAAACAGGCAGAGAGCACAAGGGCAGAUUGGCCUUUAUGAAGCAGAGUGAGCCAUGUAAUGACUCACAGACAAACUGAACACUCACACCCUCCGCUAUGGAAACUCUCCGGGAGGAGGGGCGACAGAGAACCCUGCAUUUCCACCUUCACCUGAGAAGUAAAGACACACCUGAGGCUGAUGUUGUUGCACAAUAGCUUCAUCACCAGUCAAAGUUAUUUUGGAGGCACUGACGUCACUGGCACAUAGGAAAGGAUUUACUGCACAGACGCGUUGAACAAGUUGUGGUGAUCUCUUGUAUGGUUCUUUUGUAAAGGUUUUCACUAGUUAAAUGCAUGAUCAUAACAAAGCACAGUGUUGUUAAGCAUCCAGACAGCUUUAUGACUCCCUGACUGAAAGCUUGAACUAAAUUAGAUUCACUUUAAUUUUCAAUAAGUGGUCUUUAAUAGUCUUUUCAUUUGAACAAGCCACUCAGAAAAGUCAGUAAGUCUACCUUUUUUAAGACUUGCACUUGUGGGAGUGGUGACUUGUUUUUCUUUUGUUAUAUUCGUACCAGUUUUUGUCCAGUUACAUUUUGCAUUCCUGUGCAUUGCCAUGUUUGUGGAAUAUAUAGAUAGUGAAAUUUCAAGGCCAGAGUUGAAGGAACUAUUUGCAGUAUUAGUUAUAAACAAGUAUUGUCUUGCCUUGACAAAUAAUUGCCAGUCAAAUUAUUUUUCUCUAUAAUUUUGCUGCAUUUUAACUGAUCAUUAUCCUUUAAUCAUUGAUGAAGACAUGUUUGAUUUACUGUUGCCAGUUUGCUCCGGACAGUGUAAGUUAUGCUGCUGACUUAAAUGUGUGUUGUUUGUUUGAUAUUUUUUUAUCAAUAUAAUUAUUUGGACUGGAGGACUAACAGACUACAGGAUGAAAUUUGAAUCAAAUGUAUACACAACCUUUGUUUUGGGGGUAGUUUGUUGUUUUUAUCCCAGCAGUACUCCUUAGGAUAAUGGUUUAUAACUGUCAGUUAUUUUGCAUUUUGAGUUUGUGCUUUUUUCAAUUAUCACAAAAAAGUUUCAAGUCUUUACCAUCAGAUGACUUUUUCUGGUGUGUUUUUGUCUUUCAAAUACAUUUUUCUCAGAUGGAAUAACUCCUUGGUGCUUAUAUACUUUAAUGUACCUGUUUUAAAGCUAUACUCUGAAUAUCCAUUUGCAAGACCACACACAUGUCAAAUGUAACACAUAUAUCAUUGUUUAAAGGAAUGUUGAACAUAAAGAAAACUUGGGUUUACUGAUGUACUAUUAUCAAAUAGUUGGCUACAUGUAUACAGGACAGAGAUUACGUGGAAUCAUUAUUUGGUUCUGUUUACAUGAACAGAAAUACAUACACAUGAAUGGAAAAUUCUGGCUACGUUUUUAUAUUGGAUGUCUGUAUAUUCUACAUAGAUAUUAGUUGGACUUUUUGAUACAAUAUGAAUAGCAUUCAGCAAUAUACUAUCUGGUCGAUCGCUAGGUAUGACUGACGAUCAAUCACUUACAACAUGUUCAUUGUUAGCCUGGAUAUUAACAAUCAGAACGUUUUUAUUGAUUGAUGAUCUUAAUUCCACAUGGACAUACAGGCUGCUAAACAUUGUUAAUUCCAAUUCUUGACCACAACCACAACAGGUUUUUUUUCUAAAUAUGAUUUUACACAAGAUCUUCAAAUUAAUCAAGAAUAUCACAAAUGGACAUGUAUAUGGAUAUUUGUAAUUCCAAUGAUGUACUUGCAGCAGAAGGAUAACAGUGUUUGUUUAUAGUUAUUACUGAAUCAAGUAAUCACACAGUACAUUGGUAAUGCUGACUUUCUCCUAAUCAAUUUGUAAUUAAACAUUUCCACUAGCGGGCUCGUAAUUACUUUUCCAAUGAUAUAGGCCAAAUAUCAGUGCAAAAUUGAAUUACUGACAUCAAUUAAUUCAUUUUCAUAUCAGAGAAAAAUUUGAUGAACAGUCCCACUAAAGAGAGACCAGUAGGCUACAUCACAUAUUACACCUAUACUGCACCACUCAUUUAUGAAGUUAAAGGUUUUCUAGAGACGUUUUCUAUAAAAAUCUGAAAUGAGUUGCAUUUUAUUAAAAUAAAACAGAAUAGCGGGCAUACAAACUUUAUUUGAGAAUCAUUAAAAAAAAUGUUGAAAACAGAAUGGUUUAAUGAUCGAUAUAGUUCUUAGCCUCAUUUCACUGAAAGCUGAUGGUUAUCUGCCACUUAACGUUAUCAUAUGUGUUUAUUUCUUUUGCAGAUUCUAUCGAUUUCAGUUUUAAGGCGUAAUGGAGUCAGUAAAUGGCACAGUGUCUGAAUACAGAUGUGUGUUUUAGUCAUACUCAGUCUCAAAGUAUUAGCUUGAUUUUGUGAGAAUGACUUUUGGUUGUGUAUUUGGUUGUAAAGGAAUUAAGCUAUUUUUGUAAUUACUUGUCUAAAAAUGUACAACGUGAAAUUUGGUCAAUUAAACU